UACGAUUCAGCAAACCUCACUGUUACAUAUCCUACACCGGUUGUGUUUUAACCAUGGCUUUAACGCUAAACACAAAUGUCAUUGUUUUCUUGUUUAUGAUAUUGGGCACUUGGGCUUCACUUGCAAUGUCUCGCACAUUGCAUGAAGCUGCCAUGGUCGAGAAACAUGAGCAAUGGAUGGUUCAACAUGGCCGCACUUACGAGGACCAGGCAGAGAAGGAAAUGCGUUUCGAGAUUUUCAAGCAAAAUCUUGAAUUCAUUGAAAACUUCAACAAGGCGGGCAAUCGGAGUUACAGCUUAAGCAUCAAUCAAUUUUCAGACUUAACAGACGAGGAGUUCCUUGCCUCGCACACUGGGUACAAGCUAAUCCAUGCACAAUCACGAAUAUCCACAACAUCAUUCAGCUACGAAAACCAAACUGAAGUUCCAAGUAGCCUGAACUGGAGAGAACAGGGAGCCGUAACUGAUGUUAAAGACCAAGGCAGUUGUGGAUGUUGCUGGGCAUUUUCUGCGGUGGCAGCCAUGGAAGGCAUUACCAAGAUCAAAAAGGGUACAUUGAUCUCACUUUCAGAGCAGCAAUUGCUGGAUUGCUCCACAAAUGGCAAUUACGGCUGCAAUGGUGGACUGAUGAACAACGCUUUUGAGUAUAUUAUAGACAACCAAGGUCUCACCUCCGAAUCGAAUUACGAAUACCAGGAAAUGCAAGGAAAUUGCCAAACACAAAUGGAACUAGUUGCUCAAAUUCAGAGUUAUCAGAAGGUACCAAGGAAUAAUGAGGAAGCAUUACUACAAGCUGUAGCCAAGCAGCCUGUCUCAAUUGCCAUCGAUGCUUCCGGCAUCAAAUCUUACAGUGGUGGCAUAUUUGAUGGAGAUUGCGGGACAAACUUAAACCAUGCGGUUACCAUUAUUGGAUACGGAUCAGAAACUGAUGGAACCGAAUUCUGGUUAAUUAAGAAUUCGUGGGGCGAGACCUGGGGCGAGGAUGGUUAUAUCAAGAUGAAGAGAAAUGCUGAUGCGGCGGAAGGUCUCUGUGGCCUUGCAAUGGACGCUUCCUAUCCAAUUGCAUAAGUUUCUACAAGGAGGACAGCCAAGCUUCUUUACUUGGCCAAUAAUUCCUAUCCUUGUUAUGUUUUCGCACUGUUGCAUCAAUAUGUGUUUUUUCCUUUUUAAGUAAUUGCAUCAAUAUGUUGCUGAUGCAUAUUUUGUUAUUGAAUGUCUUGUUGAAAUGAUCUCUGGUACUAAAUUUACAUAAUUUUCUAAGUUCAAACUUAAUUAACAAACAUCUUCGCAGGA